AUGUCGAUGCCCCUCUUAGGUGAAGUCAUCAACGAGGAAGCCGAGAUGGAGACAUUUGACCCGAGUGAAUUGCCGUACUUUGACUUCCGCACCAAUCUGAUAGACGGUGACGUGAUGCGCCUUAUAGACACAGUGCGUCGAGAUGACCACAAGGAAUUCGAGAGCUAUGCGUAUGACAAAAUGAAAUCACUAACGAUGAAUGUGGUAAUGUCGCAACUUCCCUCCGUCGAAUACAUGUCAAAGUCCUUCUGGGGAGUACUGCACGGGGUUGGCUUGCUGCACCUGGCUUGCAUCUUUUCCGCCCAUUCCAUAAUCGAUGUGCUCCUGCAACGCCAGCAUCCCGUCACAAUGACAGAGGAGGGUGUCACUGCGGUCCACAUUUGUGCAGCAAUGGGCGACUACGCGGGCCUGCGUAAGGUGCUCAUGGCGGGAUUUCCUUAUCUCAUGCAAGAUAAAUCGGAUAAACUGCCAGAAGAGUUCUGCCAAAACUACCGAUAUAAUGAUAUCCGGAAUUACCUUGACCAAUUGGAAACUGUUCUGUCUGAUUCAUCCAUCGCCGAAAAUGAUGACACAGAUCCGGACAUCUUCCCGAAUCAGGAGGCAAUUUCUCACCGACUGCACUGUACGUUGGCACUGCACUUUGAAGCGUACCUAUGCACCCAGGUCAGCCCAACACGCAGUUACGAUGACCGAACUUACUGUGAUUGCUGCGACGAGGUGUCUGAACACGAGGAAUUUAGUUGUAAUCCCAUUCUUAAUGAAUUGAUUUCAAGUCGAGGAAAGAAAUUUAUCAAGCGACCAACUAACGCCUUUGGACAAUUUGAAACAUCUCGCUCCAGCGUAAUGGCUGAGUUUGUACGGAUCGCUGAUGACACACAGGCUGAAAGUCUUGAGAAGCUGUUUUUCGAAAUAUGGAAUCUGAAGGAGCCAGACCUAGCCGUCACACUAUACGGCACUGUGCCUCAGGUGAAGUCAUUUCAAAAGCGGUUCUACAACCUGAUAUUUGGCGUUUUUCAGAAGACAAUGACCUGGAUAGUCACAGACGGCUCUUCCGACAGCGUUGCGGAGAUUCUGUCGCAGGGAAUGCGUGGGUACGCUGAAGCUUACGGACUCAAGACGCUGCAGGUCAUCGGUCUUGUGCCAUGGCGACGAAUAUCCUGCAAGGCUGAUCUUUGUUCCACAGAUUACUUGGAUAGUGGAGGCCUUGCCUCCAUUCUUGAACAGUGCAUAGCGGAAAAGGAGUACCUUCUAGACAAUGGAUCCCCCUACUCAAACCAGGAAUUUUGGGAGGUUAACACUGAGGCAGAUGAAACAACUGAGAGGGUAGUCGAAAUAAUGCUUCAGCAUUGGACGGAAAGCGAAAUCAACCAAGACACGAUUGCGAGGGUGAUGGGCAUCUUGUACCGCUCGCAGUUGAUUGAAAUCUUCUCCGAAAAAGACCCGAAUGAGACACUGGACGGCAAAAUUGUCUCCUCUCUCAUUAACACAGCUCUGUUCGACAACGAGAAGAAGGAAUAUUCGUGGAAGCCUAGACUGAAAAUAGCGAUGGAGCUCAAUCGGACGGAUUUUGUGUUGGAGAAAAUUUUAGCAGAUGUAAAAUGGACGACAGAAGAAGUGACGCCAUUUGUUAGGAGUUGCCUGUUGACCAACAAAGUGCAUUUUCUGCAAAUGUUUGUUGAUGCUGGCUUCGACAUCCACGGAUUCGCCGAUGCUGCGACCGUUGAGGAGUUGUACACCACCGAUGCUCAGCAAAACAUAGGCAGUCAUAUUACGAUUGAGAGGGUGAAGAAAACCCUUCAGAAAAUCAUGGGCCAUCAUUUUUUGACGUACAACAAAGAGAAUCCGAAGCAACCGAGAAUCAAACGGAGAAACGCCAGGAAGAAUGCUACAAUCAACAUGGAAAAUAUUGAAGAUGCCGGCGACCGAAUCUACAGUCACAGUCAAGCUGGCAAUUUCAUCCAGUACCUCUAUCUAUGGGCUCUGAUCACGAUGCGCUACGAGGUAGCACAAUUCAUCCUCACAUUGUUGACGGACAUGUCAACGGGAGCGCUGUUUGCGGCGGCAUUUUUGCGUCGAAAAGCCCAAAUGACGAAGUCGCCAUCAGAUGGUCUAGAACACAAUCGACAUGCCUUGGAAUUCGAGAGAAUAGCUGUUUCAAUUCUCGAGUCCUGUUACUUCGACAGUAAGGAAAGCACUAUGCAGCUGCUGGUGAUGGAAAGACGGAGUUUCGGCAGGCUAUCGUGUCUAAUGAUUGCCUCGGACGGGAACUGUGGAGAUUUUAUUCAGCAUCGGGCCUGCCAGGAAUACAUGGAUCGCGUGUGGGCUCACACGCUUGUCAUCACCAAGAGCUGGGGAAGAUUUGCCUUCAGCCUAUUGGUCGGUGCGUUGUGUCCCCCGAUGAUUCCGUUUGUGGCCACCUACGAUGAAUCGAUGUAUGCAGCGUCUUCUUCUCCUCCAUCAAAAAAAGUGACACACGAUCUGCUUCCGUUCUAUGUGAUUGUCUGCAUGUUCUGGAUAAUGUAUUCCAUCAUCUUCUCAGCCAUCAUCCUGCGUCCCACUACCAUUGACUCUCCGGGGAUCGGCCUGCUUGAUUCCCUUCGAGUGUUUAGAAACUCGUUUUUUCAAAUGUUUGGUGAAUUUAAUCACGAAGAUCUAAUAGAAGUAUAUGGCAAAUCCUUUACUAACAUUCCUGGCCGAGAAAUUCAACUGAUCAACUUUGAAAAGCGGUGUGCACUUGCUGCGAUGCAUCUGCAAAAUGAAGAAGAAGAGAUGAAGAGGAGGCUGGAGGGAGGGCAGUGGGCUACAGAGAGUCGGAAGCAGGCCGGGCCAUGGAGAAGCCAGGCGGAGAAACGGUGGCAGUCUGUUCGCACCAUCGUGCCUCCGGCGGUGGCUUUGCACAAUUUUGCCAAGUCGGGAAACGCAAUGGAUGCUCUUGAACAAAAGAUUUUAAACAUCGAUGAGAAGCUGGAGAAACUACAGAGAUUGAUGAAUGACAGACCUCCGGAGCCCAAAUCCUCCACACAAGCUUUUCUUGGAAUUCCCUUUUCUCCAUUGGGUGGAGGAAGUAGCCGGUCUUCGAUCGGUGUAGAUGAAGACCUGGACCUACCGAUUGUUUUUCAUUGGCAAAGCCACCAGAUGGCCUUCUACGCCACGAUGGCAAGCGAAAUAACUCCUCAUUCUUUGGAUCCCCCUGUGCUCUGGAGCGUACCUUUUCCAAAAUAUCACGCGAUUGCGUGGAAUCCCCGAAGGCAGUUAAGACCGAAGUGGCAAAGCACUACGCCGCCGUUAACACUACUCCCUGAGCCGCCGCGAUUCACCUCAGUUGAUUCCUCAGCUUCCUACAUGGCUGACAGCAGACCGAAAAACCCUGAAGGUCGUGUUGGUACAAGUGGAAAAGGACUGUUACCUGAAUUCGGAGCUAAUCCUGCGUGUGUGAUAGUGAUAACAAGAGGAGCCGAUGUCGAUGAGGUGCUUAUUUUAAAAGGCAUUCUUCCUCAGGCGCAGCUUCCUUGGUUGGAGGUGAUUCGGCGCGUAAACUCCAGUAUUACAUGA